AUGUCAAUCUUCAACCUUCCGAAAGAGAUUCGCCUGCAAAUCUGGACGUUGGUCUACUUGAACGAACCGCCUCGGCUUGUCACACUGCGCAGCAAACCACACGAUGACCGUCACGCAGAGGACGUUUUCUGUCCACGCUAUUCACCAACCCCCGCCCCCACGGUAGUCAACAUCUGUCAUGAAGCACGUGCAGAGGCAGAGUACCAAGCGCGACGUGCCAACGCCCUGAUUCAUCUACCAUCCCCUCUCGACCCCACCCCUGACGAGUUCUAUUUCCGGCUCGAUACAGAUUUGUUGUUCAUCGACCUUGAGCACGGCAUCAACAAGCACUUCGACGACUCGCCCGACGCCGGUCUUCUUGCCCACUUCCUCGAAGCAGCGGGCUGCGAUGCGACGUCACUGAAGAAUAUUGUGAUUACGCAGGUUGUUCGCGUUGCGUUUGUUGAUGGCGCACUGUCGAAUUGCUUACGCGACUUUCCUAGCAUUGAACAUCUUGUCAUGGUCGUGGAUCACAAAGACAUGCGCACUGACCAAGAGAAGGAGCGCUUUAUUCUUGCUGCACGACGCAUUGUCACACAGUACCGUCUUGACAUGCGGAUCAGGGCGAAGGCGAGAGGCGAUGUAUACGUGCAUGGCGAACGUCUCCUCGAUCUUGACUUUGCAGUCAGGGGUGGGACAGCACUGAGCAUGCUGAAUAAGAGCGACUGGGAGGGGUGGGGUGACUUGCAGAGCAACUGGUGGAUGGAGGAUGUGCCUCAGAGGUAUAUUGAUUUCUACUUUUGAUUAUGCUAUUAUACUACAGUCUAUGGAUGCCGAUGCAUGCCUGAUCCGAAGGCUACGGAAUCUCCAGAUAGAUUCUGUCGCCUUCUUUCGGUUCCUCGAGAUAGUCAUCUGCGGUCUCGGUCGGCAGCUGGCGCUUCUCAGCCCAAUCGCGCACAGCUUCAAAGUUGCGACACGUAUGCACAGUAUUGAAGUCGACAAAGGGUUCGAUCUCCGAAUUGGGUGGCUGAUACCAGACUUGCCCCAAGACGCCGAUAUCAACGUUGCACAUUAAUUGUUGCCGAAUGAUAUCGAGACAGUG